UUGUGGGAUGUGCUGUGGGGUGGGCAGGAAUCGAGUCCCUUAUUCUCUGCUUUGUCUCCUUAGGAUCUGCAAGGGACCAUGAGUGAUGGUGACAAGAACCCCGCCAGCACUCCAACCCCGGUCAUCGACGUCCAAGGGGAUGGGCGAUGGAUGUCGUUGCACCACCGUUUCAUUGCCGACAGCAAAGACAAGGAACCUGAAGUCGUCUUUAUUGGGGACUCCCUGGUGCAGCUGCUGCACCAGUUUGAGAUUUGGAGGGAGCUUUUCUCCCCGCUGCAUGCCCUCAACUUUGGCAUCGGGGGCGAUGCCACGCAGCACGUGCUGUGGCGCCUGCAGAAUGGAGAACUGCAACACAUCCGUCCAAAGAUUGUGGUACUCUGGGUAGGCACCAAUAACCACGGACACACUGCGGAACAGGUGGCUGCUGGUAUAGAAUCCAUUGUGCGUGUCAUCAAUCAGCAACAACCCCAAGCUCGUGUGGUUGUAUUGGGUUUGCUGCCAAGGGGCAAAACCCCCAACCCGUUACGAGAGAAGAACAGGAGAGUGAACGAACUGCUGGAGAGUAAGGUGCCACUGCUCCCCAAUUCCUCCUUCCUCAAUGUCGACCCAGGCUUUGUGCAUUCAGACGGGACUAUAAGCCACCAUGACAUGUAUGACUACCUGCACCUGACCCGCAACGGGUAUGCCAGAGUCUGCCCUGGACUGCACCGCUUGCUGCUCUGCCUGCUGGGAGAAUGCCAUGCUCAAACACCUUGAUGGAAGCCAUCACACACCCGAGAUGCUCGCCGUUGGUUUGAGUGACUGCCGGAGGCUUAGAAACUUAGAUUGCUGUUGACUCCAGAUUGGCUGUUCUCAACCAUGACAACUGUAAGUGGACUUCAAUUCCCAGAAUUCCCCGGUCAGCUGUGCUGGCUGGGGAAUUCUGGGAGUUGAAGUCCACCUGUCUUAAAAUCCCCCACAUUGGUAAACACUGCCCUCAUCCCUGAAAUAUGUCACUGCCUUUCUCUGUUGCACUGUCUGGUCGAGACACUGGCGUUUGGGGUAGGGUGGGGAAAUAUUUGGGCCUUUCUUUUUUUUUUAAUAAUUAGAGACCUUUUAAUGGUGUUGCAGCCUAGAACGGAGUGAAGCUGGGAGCUAUGGCACACAACGGUGGAGAAAAGUAGGUUAGGAGAAGGGGCCUCCCCUAGGCCCGGUGGGUUUUCCCCAAAAAUAAUUUUUUUAAUUUAAAAAAAAAAAGCAAAGAAAGUUGGAAACUUUAAGAGCUUUGCCUUGAAUGGCAGCUGGAAUAUAUAUUCCUUUCUCUCUGCUUCUCUGAGGUGGUUGGACUUCCAUGCCCAGCAACAGCCAGAGCUUCUGGGAAAUGUAGUUCAUCAACACCCAGUUAGGAAGGGCGAAGUCUUGCUAUCAAUUGCCCCAUGUUUAAAAAAAAGGCCACUUUGCAAUUUUGGCUUCUUCUCUUCGCCCCGACUGCAAAUUCCAGGGUUGCUUCACUUAAAAUAUAAAAUGGCAACCUUUCCAUCCUUCUUCUUGAUGCCAGUUUUGGGAAAUGUGCUUAUUUGGCCACUGCUUGUUGGAUUUUUUAUUUUAUUUUUCCAUCAACUGGGGGAGAGAGGGGGAUUAAGUGGCCUUUCAAAUAAUUUUUUUCAGCCCCCUUGGUAGGGAUUUCUCUACAGAACAAGACAGAGGAAGCUUGCAUAUGGAGGUUCGUAGGUCAGUCCAGGUCAUGGGUUGUCCCUAGUGGUGCUUUUUCAAAAGGCAACUGGACUUUCUUUGUUUUUCCUUGAAGAGGUUUCGCUUCUCAUCCAAGAAGCUUCCUCACUUCUGACUUCAGUCCUUCCGUCAGAAUGGAAGAAGCUUCUUGAAUGAGAAGCGAAACCUCUUCAAGGG